AUGGACUCCCACUCCCCCCACCUCCACGCUCCGGAACCGGGACCGUCGCGUCAGGCCACAAGGCCCGUAUCGGUCCAGCCGACGACAAGUCCUGCAUCACAAGCGCCCUCGAGGAAGCGAGCGUCACAUACAGUCGUGACCAGUCAACCACAGCAGGAAGAGCAGCCUGCUUAUCGUGAUAUUUACUCCCACCCUGCUGCACUUGAGUAUGCCCAUGCACAUCCAAGGCGUACAAUACCGAAAUUUGGACCAUAUCUUCUGUUGCGGACGUUGGGCGAGGGCGAGUUCGGGAAGGUCAAGCUUGGCUUGCAUAUGCAAUGGGGAGAGGAGGUUGCCGUUAAGCUCAUUCGACGUGGCAAUAUCGAUACAUCAGUGCGUAUGUCGAAGGUGGAGCGCGAGAUUGAGGUUUUGCGGACCCUCAAGCAUCCAAAUAUCGUUCGUCUCUACGACGUCAUCGAGACGGAGAAAUAUAUUGGCAUCAUCCUCGAGUAUGCAUCUGGAGGAGAAUUGUUCGAUCAUAUCCUCGCUCACCGAUACCUGCGGGAGAAGGAUGCAUGCAAGCUAUUCUCGCAGCUGAUAUCAGGAGUCUGGUACAUUCACCAAAAGAAAAUUGUUCAUCGGGACCUCAAGCUGGAAAAUUUAUUACUUGACCGUCAUAGAAACGUUAUUAUCACCGAUUUCGGAUUCGCCAAUCGCUUUGAGCACCGUGCAGAUGAUCUUAUGCAGACAAGUUGCGGUUCCCCGUGCUACGCGGCACCUGAAUUGGUCAUCUCUGACGGGUUGUACGUUGGUUCUGCUGUCGACAUCUGGUCAUGUGGAGUCAUCCUCUAUGCUAUGCUGGCGGGCUACCUGCCAUUCGACGACGACCCAGCCAACCCGGAUGGCGACAAUAUCAACCUACUGUACAAGUACAUCGUCAACACGCCGCUUUCUUUUCCUGAAUACAUCUCAGCCGAAGCACGAGAACUGCUGUCCAUAAUGUUGGUUCCGGAUCCAGUGCAUCGUGCCGACCUCUCGAUAAUUAUGGCUCACCCGUGGCUGGCUCCUUAUGCGCAUGUGUUUACCAGGAGCGUGGCCGAUUUGGAGCGUUCGGCAAUAGAGCAACAUCAUCAGAAGCGACUUGCAUACCAGCGCCAGAUGAAACAACAAUCUGCUAAUGACCCCACAGCAAGCAAGAUUGCGAGAAGCCAGAGUGCUCGUACAGACGGGUAUGUAGGUGAUGCGUCUGUUUCAUCAAUAUCCCGGUCGAGGAAGGAUCCUCAACCGGAGUAUCUAUACGAGACAUCCGUAGACCAAUCUGUCUAUUCAACGUCAGGCGCUCAUAGUUCUUCUCGUCGUACCGCCACCUCGACAAUCGUGCUUCCUACACCACCAUCUGCAACAACGGAUGACGAUCCAUUUGGACCUUCACCGUCGGAGGAAGUUCCGGUGACUUUGAUGACGUCGCCGGAUGACAGCUUCACCGCAGCCAAUGACGAUCGCGAUUACGAUUUCAAGAAGCAGUCUAUCUUACCAUCUGCGGGGGCUCCAGUGAAAAUGUCACCGGAGACGAAGCGCACCAAAGGCGGAUUCAGGCACACUAUUCAAGUGGAGUAUGGCGAGUCGGAUUCCCGACAAACACCUCACAAAGGAUCGAACAAUAUUACCAGCACUGGACCCUCUGUUGGUCCACCCAAUAAUGUCCAGGAGCGAGAGUAUACUCCACGGAAGCUGCAUGCGGAGGUCACGAAAGUUGCUGAGAAAACAACACCUCCGCCGCCUGUAUCUACACCCCGGGAGCGCUCUGGGACCAUUACGGCAAAAUUGCCUGCGGCCACCUCUGCGCCAGUGGUGUCUAUCGAAGUGACUGGUCCGCCAGUGUCUCCCGUUGUCUCCGCUGAGGAAAAGGCGCCGUCGAGCUCAGAGAAAACAGACUCUGCUUCGUCCAACAAAAGUCGCCAUCGGAAAGGAUUGUCUAUCGAUAAGAUUGGCAUCUCCAAAUUGUUCGGUUCUACGGAGCAGACCCACGGCACUGCUCAGAGGACACCAUCCCAAAGCAAGAAGAAUUCUCCGGGACGUACUCCCUCCACCGAUACCAUUACGGCGACCGGCAAGGUGGAAAAUGGUAGACGUCCAUCUACUCUCCAGGUUCCUUUGUCUCCGACAUCGCCAUCCAACGCCACCCCGACUGCUACGUCACCCUCUUUGCUCAGUCCUGACGGCUCUGUCAACGGCAGUAAGAAGUCACGCAGGAAUACUCUUACUGUCAUGGUCGAGCCUCUGAAAAACAGCAUCAAGGCACGCAGCAAAGGUCGAGUGGUGACCGCAGAAACGCCCAUUAAGGAGAAAAGCUCGACUCUGGAUCCUGAGAAGUAUGCAAAGCCUUUACCAAUAGUUUCCAUUCCUCCCACUGUCCCUCAUAAAUCGCCAGCACCGCAAGCUGUGAUUCCCCCGCAGUUUGUCAAUACACCUAGGUCUGGACUCGCCGUCCCGGCAUCGACGGUCAAGGCUAACAGGGUCAUGCAAUGGUUCAGGUCUAAGAGCAAAGGGAAGGUCACAGAUGACGAGGCGGAAAAAUCUUCCGAGAUUGAGACCGUUCCACGAGGGACCACUCCCUCAUUAUCAGACACCCCUGGUUCUGCUACGCCCAUUGCCUCUAUUCCAGCUCCUGGACAUCCUCAACGAUCUGCAUCGUCCCACACGGAAGCCUCCGUUUCGGGCCCCAACCUCGGUGCUCGUGUGCGUGGAAAGGGACAGUCUGGGAAAAGUCCGCGUGGCUACCUGGAUAUCCGCACCCAUCACGGCCCCCUUGACCAGACGAUGGUCACGACAGGCCCGCCUCCGGAGGUCAUGAAACACAUACGCGCAGUCCUGGAAGGUAUGGGAGUAGAAAUAAGCGUGGAAGGCGAGUACAAGUAUCGCUGUGUGAGGCCCAAGCGGCGAAAAGCGGGAAACGGUGUGGGUCUCGGGCUCCGAGACACAGCGGGCAGUGGUUUGGCCGCGUUUUCGAUAGUCGGCUCAGCGGCUUCCAACGGGGUUGAUAAACGUGGUCUUCCUCAACCGCCUCAGUCUCAUACAUCGUUCGGCUCUACCGGUGGCAUGCUCAGGGGACUUUUGAUGCGUCGCCAAUCUUCUCAAGUAUCGAACUCGUCGUUGAAUCAAGGAGCAGCGUCGCCGACCUUCGAGGGUGAUGGGUCAGCGGAUGCCCUCAUAGCUGCUGCGGUGCCCGAUGGCGCCGGCUCAGACGCUCCUGUUGCAUUCGAAUCGGUGUAUGGCGACUCCACACACGAUUUGGGGGACGAAAUACGUUUCUCUGUCGAACUCACGCGGAUUGACCGUUUGGAUGGCACGUACAGUCUCGACAUCCGAAGGUUGAAAGGUAAUCUUAGAAGUUAUAAGUUUGUGUAUGAUACACUCCGACAGCGCGCCGAUCUUCAGCGUGCGGUGUGA